AUGGAAGAUAAACUUGAUACUCUAAUUAAAUCUGUAAAUGAGUUAAAAACUUCAAAUAAUAAAUUAGUGUCAUCAAUUAACUCUCUAUCUGAAAAAGUAGCAACUAUUACUAAUAAAGUCAAUGAUCAUUCAGCACAAUUAAACACUUUAUUUUCUAAACUAGCCUCUUUAACAACUAAAGUGGAAACUAUUGAAUCUAAAAUUGAAUCGUCAAACACAAAGUCAUCAAUCUUAAUUAACGACAAUUUAAUAACUGAGAUGGUCGACAGACAAUCACGGCGGAAUAAUGUGUUACUCUUUAACUUACCAGAAGCUCUUAAUGACCCAACCAACGCAAGCUCGGAUUCCACUACAAUUCAAAACAUACUUGAUUUUCUUGAUUUAAAAACCAAACCAAAUUCUGUCACUCGCCUCGGCAAACCUUCUUCUUCUAAUACUACCAAACCUCGACCAGUAAAAUUACGUUUUUCGGAUCAAAAAGAUAUUUUUGAAUUAUUCUCAUUUCAAAAUAAAUUAAAAUCAAACUCUACAUGGAAAGACCUUCGGUUCUCUUCUGACCGUACCAAACAGCAACAAGAGUACAUGUCACACCUUCGCCAAGAACUUCUCAACCGUCAAUCUAAUGGAGAACAGAAUCUCAUCAUUAAAUACAUCAAAGGCACUCCAACAAUUAUCAAUUCAAAAAACUAA